AUUGUAAUGGAGAAAAAUCAACAAACCAUGAUAAAAUAAUUAUGAUAUAAUAUCAGCUGAAAUUGAUUAUUGAAGAAUUAUACAUGUAGUAAAGAUUCUAAAGUUUUCUAAGUGCAAAGAUAUGUUUUAAAGAAUAAGAUGAAGAAGUACAGAAAAUUGGUGCCAUAGCAAGUCGAACAAUUAACAGAAAAUGUCUAGCAAGAAAGAAGAAAAAGAUGGCUGUUGCUUUCUGUGGCAGGGUUUCUAUGGUAGCGUUGAUGUUGUGAACUUUCCCAUUUUCAAGGAAAAGGAAGUAAAACAGGUAGCGUUAGGUGGGGACCAUUGCCUCUUUUUGACCAAGGAUAGCAGUGUCUUUGCUUGCGGCCAGAACAAUUAUGGACAACUGGGAAUCGGUAAUUUAGAGACAAAAGACACUUAUGAUCCGGUGUUGGUUGAGAGUCUUACAGAUAAAGAAAUUGAAUACAUUGCUUGUGGAUCCAACCAUUCUGCUGCUGUUACCAAAUAUGGUGAUGUCUUCUGCUGGGGAGUAGCAAGUGAAGGACAAUGUGGGGUACCAGAAGGGAGUGAGAAAUUACAUGACGGGACUGUUCCUUUACCUCAACUGGUUGAAAUUGUUAAAACUUGUAAUGAGGUUUGUGAACAUGGAAAUACAGGUCCACAUGAAAAAAUUGCAAUUCAGAAAAUUGCCUGCGGUAAAAAUCAUACAGUUGCUCUGUCUGUUGAUAAUGAAUUGUGGGUAUGGGGGAGUGGCAUAGCACUGGGAGUGAAUACAGUCACAAAAUCUGUUACCCCAAUACAGAUUGAAGCAUUUAAUGGAAGAAAUGUCUUGGAUAUUGUUUGUGGUGAAAUGUACACAAUGGCCUUGGUCGAAAGAAGUGUUCUUGAUGUUGCACCAAGGAAACGACCAUCAAAUAUUGAAAAAACUACGCAUAAACUUUUUCCAUCUACUUGUUCAAAAUGUAACGAGGAAAUCUACAGUUACAUGGAAACUUCUGAUACCUGUAUAAUAACAGAAGACCAUGUUUGUCCAGAAACUGUAAAAACUAGUGUAUCUGACCAAUCACAGUCCAUAAUACAUCUUGAAGAAUUGUUAGAUACCAGCCAAUCACAACAAACUGUUAUUUCAAAAGAUAGUGAAAAAACAAAAGAAGGGGUCAAGACUGAAACAACAGAAGGUACAUCAAUAGCAACAAAUAAUGGGGAUAAUUCAAAUGCUGACGAAAAACUUUUAAAGGGAGAUAAUUAUCUUAGUGGUGCGACUUCUAAGGGAGAUGAUCCUAUGACUCAACCAAAUAUACAACGCUCUAUUUCAGAUGAAAAUGUGUGGCAAAAACAAAAACCUGAAAUAGAAAGGUCAUUGUCAUCCAAAAGUGAUCACAGGGUUUCUAGAUCAAAAAGUUUCCUUGAUGGAAAAAAUGCAAGACAAUUUUUAGCCAAACAGCUAGAUGAUGACGACCUAGCAUUAAAGUCUGAUUCUAAUGGCAAAGUUCCUUAUGAAAGUGCUGCAAAGGGAGCUGUAACUGACAUUUGGUCAACAGUUCAAACAGGUAUGCAGUCCGCUUAUGCUAUUCCGCAGCAAAUGACUGGCAUGCUAAGUGGAUUCAAGACAUCAUUAAUGGACAGAAUGUCUGCAUCUGCAACAGAUGAAAAGGAAAAAGAAGAUACAAAUUCUAGCGUGGAUUCAAAUAUUCAUCUUGUUGGGUUUGAUACAUCUGAUGAAGAUGUCUUCCAUGCGACACAAAUUGUGGAGAGCCAAUUAUCAAAAGAUUUCAGAAAGUUAAGUUCUUCAAAAUCUCCAGAACCUAAAUCACCAAAAAAAUCAGAUUGUUCUUUUGGAGAAACUACGUUUAUUGAAGGCAUAAAGACAGAGAUGCUUUACUCGGAUGAUAGUAAAACUGAUGAGUUAGACCAAAGCACAGCUGUAGAACCAAGGGAAGUAACUCCUAAACGUGGAAGUCAGUCAGCAGAGACAACAACAAAGAGAUCAUCCAUGAGGACCAUUUUAGCCAAGCAAGAAGAAAUGGAAAGAAAAGUGUCAACACGAUCAUCAACCACAGAAGAUGAAAUGAAGAGGCCCUCUGUUAUCAUAGAUACAGAGGUGUGGUCAUGGGGAAAAAAUAGCAAAGGUCAAUUGGGUCUUGGUGAUAUGGGUGACAGGCCCAAUCCAACCAUUGUGAAAGCCAUGUCUAACAAGCGUAUAACAAAGUUAUGUUGUGGGACAAGUCAUGCAAUGGCAUUGACAGCUAAUUCACAGGUCUACAGUUGGGGCAACAAUGCAUCAGGGCAGCUAGGGAGAAAGGAGGAGGCAGCAUUGCCUGGUAUCAUUAAGAUGGUGCCAGGAUGUUACAUAUGGGAUAUUGCUGCUGGAAGUUGUUUCUCUAUAUUCCUAAUCGACAGAGCUGGAUUCCAACCAGAAGUCUUUUUUGUUGGAAAGCAUCCGACGAAAGAUUUGUAUGUACCUAACCAUGAAACAAAUAGACUGACUUCACUGAAUUUUCUUAAACAGGCUGGCUGGAUAAGAUCUAUAGUGGCAGGGGGAGAUAACAGCUGUUGUACUUCCUGUUAUAGUUUCUCCGGUUACUUCAUGACUUUGUUUGAAGUUGCCGCUACUGAAAGAAAAUUUUACUUCUACCUGCACAAAGUGAUGAAGUUGUUGUUAGAUCCAUUACAAAAAUCUGCAUUUUAUACCAGUCUUGAUGUUUAUCCCUACAAAUCAACACUACAGAACUUGAUGACAGCUUUCCAAAGAAUAUUUACAAAGAUUUGUGAAAGUAUGAUAGAGAUGACGGGAAUGAUCAGUAAAGGAGAAGAUCUCCUACAAGCUUCUUUCUUCACAAAUUACAGCAGAUAUACCGUGGAAUAUAAACGUUACUAUGUUGCACUCAGUGAUAUGUUAGCUGUGGCAGGCUUUGAAUACAUUUGUAAAACAGGCAGCUCAUUUUUUGACAGUGAUAUUGUAUCUAAAUCUUUGAAGGAAUUGCUCCCCUCUGAUACAAGGAUAGAGAGACCUAAUUACCACUUUCUAAUGAUACAGAUACUGGAAUCUCCCUUAACCCACAUGAAGGAGUACUCCAUCCUGGCUGAAAAAUUAUCAUCUCAUUUUCAGCAGGACUCUGAAGAGUUUAACAUGCUACACAGGGUGUCCCUUAAUUGGAGCAGCAUACGGCAUAUGUCUACAACAGAUAUUGAUAUUGCAGAAACAACAAGGGCAUUCUGGGGAGGCAAUAGUCUACAAAAACUUGCUGAUGCAGUGAAGAUUCCAAGUAGAAGAUUGAUAAAAGACAGUAAGAAGAGUCCACUAGUAUUACAGGGAGGGGGAAGGUUUUCCUCACACCUUUUCCUCUUGUUCAAUGACAUGUUUAUACAUGUACAGGGUUACAACUUUCAAGUCUUUCAACUAGAAACUGCCUGGAUUGAGGCUCCAACAGGAGGAAAAUUAGAAAAUAUGAUUGUUUUGACAUUCCCAGAGGAUAAAAUGGUUUUGACAGCAUCUAAUGCAGGAGAAAGGGCAGAAUGGCUGAUGACAUUGAACUCAGCAGUAAAUAAAGUGUUGUCAUCCCAGAAGACAGUUGGUCGUCGUGGAAGUACGGAACGUUUGACACCACCUGAUAUCAGACAAGCCUCUUUCACGUUUACAAAACAUCCAGUGUACAAAGACGCCACCUAUUCAGGAUAUUGGAUGAACGGAAAAAUACAUGGCUUAGGAGACAUGAAAUGGAGUGAUGGUAGAAAGUAUAAUGGGAAUUUUAAAGAUGGCCAUCUACACGGACAUGGGAAGCUUACUAUAAAACAAGAUGAUGGUUCUGACAGGGCACAGGAAGGCUAUUGGAAAGAGGGUCAACUCCAUGGUAUGGGAAAGGUCAAAUAUUCAAAUGGAGAUGUAUAUGAUGGACACUUCAAAGAAGGCCAGAGGCAUGGGCAUGGUUUAUACCACUAUGGAGGUCCAAGUCCAAAGUCCACCAGUAUAUACAUCGGAGAAUGGGCUGAUGACAAUAGACAUGGCUAUGGUGUAUUGGAAGACAUCAUGAAAGGAGAAAAAUAUAUGGGUAUGUGGAAUGAAGAUGUAAAGCAUGGUAAAAGCAUUGUAGUUACUUUGGAUGGGAUGUAUUUUGAAGGCAAUUUUGAAAGGGACAGUCUUAUGGGUUUUGGAUUGAUGUUAACUUACGACAAUAGUUGCUAUGAAGGAGAAUUUUAUGGCAUAACACAGCUGCAGGGAAAGGGGAAACUGAUCAUGCCAACAGGAGAUUCAAUAGAAGGGAUUUUCUCUGGCUCUUGGAAUGAAGGAUUAAAAAUAAAUGGCAUGUUUAAAAAGUCAGAUGUACCACAAGAGACAAAGAAAGCAAAAUUAAAAGUACAAAUUCCAUCAAGCCAUUAUGGAAAGAUGUCUGUUCCCGCUGACAAAAAGUGGGAAGGAAUGUUUGUACAAUGUCGUACAGUGUUAGGGGUUAAAGGUCAGGCUAAGCCAGACUGUAACAAAGCAUGGGAAGGCGUGGCUGUAAUGGUGUCAAAAGGUCGACAAGUUUUACAUGAGAUGAAGUCAAGAAAUGUAUCCAGUAAAUGGAAAAAGUUCCAGGGAUCAUUUGUUGAAGAAAUAGAAAAGAUUCCACCUCACAAUAAAGGGACUUUGUCCACAGAAUAUUAUAAUGACAUUAAGAGAUAUUUAGAUAGGGCAUUUGAGAUUACAUUUCACCCACUCGGUAAGCUGAUGGACGGACUAGUGGAUGUCUUUAGGGCAGCUUAUAUUGGUGUUGGAGCACAUCCACGACUUCUCAACCAUGCUGUAGCAGAAGUAAAUUCUUAUGUGAAAAGGAUUUACCUUACUGUAAGAAUAUUAUUCCCAGAUUUACCUCAGAAUGGAGGUCCUCUACAAAUCAGAUCAGAGAAAUAUGUUGAUAUUGACAGUGAUGAUGAGACAGAUGGAGUUAUUGCCCUUCAGUCUACAAAAAGUGAAAAAGCGGUUGUGUCUGCAGGAGGUUUAUUACAUCCUAUUUUACUACCCAAGAUUUAUCCCCCUUUGUUUGACCUUUAUGCCUUACACAAUGACAAAAUGGACGAGAAAUAUUGGGAAAGAGUGCAGAAAUUAAAUAAACAAGGCGAUGUAGCUCUUAUGGCUUAUCUUGGUGUCGAUCAGAAGUUUUGGUUGUUAGAUGAAAGUUUUUUCAACAAGAGAAGUUCAUCAUUGUCCAACAUAAGGGACCAUUGUUAUGUUAUUGCAAUAGAAAGACUUCAACAAAUCAGUACUGCUUUUAGUCCAAAAGAAAAAAUACAAGUUAUAAGAGAUUCUUUUACAGAAAUAACAGAGACUGUUCAGACAACUUUAGGAGAAGAGCAUAUAUGGUGUAUGGAUGAACUUUUCCCGAUCUUUCAGUAUGUGGUUGUUAGGUCUAAAAUUCGUCAUCUUGGAGCUGAAGUUCAUUUUAUUGAGGAUUUGAUGGAACGAUAUUUAGAGAACGGAGAACUUGGAAUAAUGUUCACAACUCUUUAUGCUUGUUAUUACCAAAUACAGAAUGAGAAAAUACCAACACACUAAAGAAAAGUCCUGAGAGGUGACAUCAUAUAGAAAUAAAAAAAUAUAAAAAUGGCGACAACUUAUAGACAUUUAUAUUAUAUGUAUAAUUUGUGCAUUUAAUUUGAUAAUUGCAUGUAUUCUUGUAUUGUCACAAUAGAAGAAACUGAAAAUUUAAGAACUAAAUAUUAGUAAUUUUUAUAUGUCUAAAGAAUGUUCAUUGCAUCGGCAUCUCAUGUUAGAAUGUGAAUUGUUACAGAAGUUUCAUGUAAGAAUGUUGGCAUUUAAUGUUUUCAUGGCUUGUAGGCUAUGUAAGCUAUUAGUAUUACCAUCAUUUGACAUCUGUUGUUGUUGUAAUAAUUGUUAAUGUUUUAAAAUAUUUUAAGUAAUGUGAUACUGGUACUGAAGAAAAAGAAAUGAUAUUUUUUGCAUAAGAUAAAAUUUGCAGUAUGGGUAUCAGAAGGCAAGAUAACUUGGCAUGAAAUAAUGAACAUAGGAAAUAAAUUGAAAGGACUAAACAGUGUUUAAUAAAAGACAAAAAGGGAAAAAGUGAAGUAGAACAAAUAUUUUAUAACAGUAAAAAUAUAAUAAUAUUUCCAAAGUUUAGAUUUAGCUGUAUAAUUGCUUCUGUCAGGCUUUAAUAAUUUAUGUACAUUUUUUUUGUAUUUUAUUAAAUUUAUACACAUCAAAACAUGUCAUGUGGUGGUAGUAAAUAACUUGUCAUUUUUUUUUCUGAAAAUUUUGCGUACAUUUAUCAUUGCUAUUUUUCAAGAAAGAACAAGUAUGCAAGAUUAAUUCUUGGCAUUUCAGUAAAUUUUUAAGUUUUUAUCAUUUCAAUACUUUUUCGGUAGCAAUUAUUAAAGCAUAGCAAAUUUUUUUUAAUUUACAGUAUGUAUGUGGUAUGAGUUGUAAUGAAUUUAUUUAUGAGCCUAAGGGUUUUUCAGAUAGGUUAAGUUUAGAAAUAAAAUCAUUUUAUUGUGCAUUGUCAGGCAAUGAAUGAUGGAUUUUGUAAGAAGUCCAAUUUCAUUUUUUGAAAUUUUUUUAUUCACCAACAUGCAGAUGAAAUCAUUUAUAGAAACCUACAGUACAGUCAUCGCCAAAAGUGAAUAUCGAUCAAAUCAAAGCUGAUGUUUAUGUUAUUUUGGGGGAAUAAUUUGUAAGCUGCAGUUUGGGCCAAACAUAUUAUACAUUUAGUUAAAUCCUGUAUAUAUUUCAGUGUUUUAUGCAAAAGACACACACACACUUCCAAACAUGUAAAUGCAAUUGCUCUAAUUUCUAAAAUACUUAUUAGCCAUUUUUCCUGAAACAAAAGAUUUCUAUUUAAGCAAAACAUGCUCAAUGUUAGAAUUCAUGAUAUCAAAAAACAAUUUAAAAAGCCUCUCACAGUAGAAGCUUUAAGCAAAUACUGGUACUUAGAUUAUUUUUUUUUAUUUCUUUUCUUAAUUUGAUGUAGCAUCAUCUGCAAGAAAUUGUUAGUGUGCAUGCAAAUGUUUUAUUUAAUAAUAGAAAUCAAUUCUUUUUGUUGUAUAUCAUAAUGAUAGAUGCAUAUUGUUUAUUUAUUUAUAAAUUGUUUUGUUUUGUCUUAAAGACAAUUUUCUGUGAUCAUUGCUUUAGCUGUAUAGAGUUGAUAAUUCUAUAAACAUUUGUAUAUGAAUGUCAUAUAUAAAUACAAUUUAAAUUGCUUAUGCAUAUAUAAUAAAUGGCUUAUGAAAUUUUAA